AUGAAGUCGCUGAAUACCAGUACAAAUAGCCAGAAACAAGUAAUUGAAACUCGUCUUAUUCCAAGAUUAGUGACUUUUCGCACAGGAAGAUCAAGGAAAUUGCAGACGGCUUUAGAAAAACGACACUCCAACGACGCGGCUUACCGAAUGCUUCUGAGAAGAAUCAUUAGCAAAAAGACGACUAUAAUUAGAGCGAUGCAGGACUAUGAUACCUGUAAAACGGGUAAGUAA